AUGUUCUAUUACAUUAUUCAUCUCCCUCUUCCCUGCUUGUUGUUUUUAAAGAGGACCUCUAGUCCUUCUCACUGUGAGAUUAGCAACUGGUUGCUUCUGGUGAAACACCCACUGAAACGGAAGAGUGAAACAACAAAUUACAAACAAGAAGUUGGUGCACAGAUUGCAGGUUCUGGAAAUGCCGAUGUGAGUAGUCCAAUGCAGACACUGAUCUCAGGGAAAGCUGGAAAGUCACAGAAAGCACCAAAGACAUCAAAGGCCAGAUCUGUUGCUCAAGCAACCUCAAGUUCAGGGUCCCCUUCAGGCGAUAAUGUUACUCCAGUUGGUCCUUGCCGCUAUGAUAACUCCUUAGGUUCCUUAACGAAGAAGUUCGUUAACCUGAUCAAACAUGCAGAAGAUGGAAUUCUAGAUCUGAACAAGGCAGCUGAUACAUUAGAGGUGGAGAAAAGGCGUCUAUAUGACGUCACAAAUGUCCUGGAAGGCAUUGGUCUGCUAGAAAAGAAAUCCCCAAACAUGAUACAAUGGAAGGGGUUAGAUGUCUCAAGACCAGGGGAAGUUGAUGAGAGUGUUACAAGUUUACAGGCAGAAGUAGAAAAUUUGACGAUUGAAGGAAGUAUAUUAGAUGAACAGAUAAGAGAAAAGCAAGAAAGGUUGAGGGUCCUGAGUGAAGAUGAAAAUAAUCAAAGAUGGCUUUUUGUAACUGAAGAUGAUAUAAAGAGCUUACCUUGUCUUCAGGCUAUUGAUUAUCCACAAAGGAGAUCCAGUAGAGUGAUUCGCAGCACCAUGGGACCAAUUGAUGUUUACCUAAUCAGUAAGUUAGAGGAAAAGUUCGAAGAGAUAAAUGUUGUUGAGGAACCAUCAACCAUGCCUUCAACAUCAUGUUUCAUUGAGAAUGAAACUGCAGCAUUGCCUGUUGAUGAUGGCGGAGGAGUUGGUGUCGGGAUAGAGGAACAAGAAAAUCAAAGAGAGUGUCCAGAUGCUGGUACUUCCCAGAACCCUGUGAGUGGAAUUAUGAAGAUUGUUCCCGAUUUUGAUUUAUCCCGUGAAUAUAGAAUCCAUGACUCAAAGUUAGCUGCUCGUGACGCGUUGGACUCAAUUUAUGAGGAUUAUUCAAUUGCGGAUGUUAGUACUCCACAUGCCCAAACUCCCCCAUCCAGUACCACUGAACGAACUUGUGCAAAUACUACUGAAGCUGAGUAA